UUAGGGCUUAACAUAGCUUUGGCGAGGUCGGAUAACGGGCGGGAGCCAGCGGUGAAAGGGGUGGUGAAAGUGCCAGUUUGCCCCAGGCCGCCGAGGGGCCUCUUUAGAGAGGCCUUGCCUGCCCCCCUCGCGUCCGCCGAGGCCAAAAAGCCCCUCAAGCUGUCACUGGUACGGCCCUGGGCCAGGAGCCGUUUCGGGAUCUGUCUUAAAAACGGGUUUUCGCCGUUCGAGUCAGGUUGACUGUGGUCCUUUGUCCCCCCCAUCUCCUGGACCUGGCGAGUCUGGCGCGUCCGGGCCUGUACCUCCCCACAGAGCUUCAAAACAGGGGCUUAUAGGAAGAAGGAAUGGAGGCUUUGAAGACACCAUUAACACUGGAUAAAGAGAAUGGAGGUUACCUCUGUCCGUGUAGAUUCCUAAGCUGUCCUGGAGUGAUCCUUGGAGUAAAGGAAAGGCAUUUUGAAGCACAUUUAGCCGUCAGCCCUGUGGGAUGGCAGCCAUUGAUUUGUCCUAUGGUCUUUGCAGGGACCCAGUCUGCCUUCAAGAAAAGACAGAAGUAGAAAGGGUGGUGGCUGACUGUCUGACAAGUUGUUAUCAGGAUUCAGUGACUUUUGAUGAUCUGGCUGUGGACUUCACCCCAGAAGAAUGGACUUUACUGGACCCAACUCAGAGAAACCUCUACAGAGAUGUGAUGCUAGAGAACUAUAAGAAUUUGGCCACAGUAGGGUGUCAGCUCUUCAAACCCAGUCUGAUCUCUUGGCUGGAACAAGAAGAGUCUAGGACAGUGCAGAGAGGUGAUUUCCAAGCUUCAGAAUGGAAAGUGCAACUUAAAACCAAAGAGUCAGCCCUUCAGCAAGAUUUUUUGGGGGAGCCAAACUCCAGUGGGAUUCAAAUGAUAGGAAGCCACAACAAAGGGGAGGUCAAUGAUGUGAAGCAAUGUGGAGAUGUCUCCAGUGAACACUCAUGCCUUAAGACACACGUGAGAACUCAAAAUAGUGAGAACGCAUUUGAGUGUCAUCUGUGUGGAGUAGACUUCCUUACUCUGCACAAGAAAACCUCUACUGGAGAGCAACGUUCUGUGUUUAGUCGGUGUGGAAAAGCCUUCAGCCUGACCCCAGAUGUUGUUUACCAGAGAAUGUGCACAGGAGAUAAAGCUUUUGAUUGCAGUGACUCUGGGAAAUCCUUUGUUAAUCAUUCACACCUUCAGGGACAUUUAAGAACUCACAAUGGAGAAAGUCUCCAUGAAUGGAAGGAAUGUGGGAGAGGCUUUAUUCACUCCACAGACCUUGCUGUGCAUAUACAAACUCACAGUUCAGAAAAACCCUACAAAUGUAAGGAAUGUGGAAAAGGCUUUAGAUAUUCUGCAUACCUUAAUAUUCACAUGGGAACCCACACUGGAGACAAUCCCUACGAGUGUAAGGAGUGUGGGAAAGCCUUCACUAGGUCUUGUCAGCUUACUCAGCACAGAAAAACUCACACUGGAGAGAAACCUUAUAAAUGUAAGGAUUGUGGGAAAGCCUUCACUGUUUCCUCUUGCUUAAGUCAACACAUGAAAAGUCAUGUGGGUGAGAAGCCUUAUGAAUGCAAGGAAUGUGGGAUAGCCUUCACUACAUCUUCUCAACUUACUGAACAUUUAAAAACUCACACUGCAAAGGAUCCCUUUGAAUGUAAGAUAUGUGGAAAAUACUUUAGAAAUUCCUCAUGCCUCAGUGAUCACUUUCGAAUUCACACUGGAAUAAAACCCUAUAAAUGUAAGGACUGUGGGAAAGCCUUCACUCAGAACUCAGACCUUACUAAGCAUGCGCGAACUCACAGUGGUGAGAGGCCCUAUGAAUGUAAGGAAUGUGGGAAGGCCUUCGCCAGAUCCUCUCGCCUUAGUGAACAUACAAGAACUCACACUGGAGAGAAGCCUUUUGAAUGUGUCAAAUGUGGGAAAGCCUUUGCUAUUUCUUCAAAUCUUAGUGGACAUUUGAGAAUUCACACUGGAGAGAAGCCCUUUGAGUGCCUGGAAUGUGGGAAAGCAUUUACGCAUUCCUCUAGUCUUAAUAAUCACAUGCGGACCCACAGUGCCAGAAAACCAUACACGUGUAUGGAAUGUGGCAAAGCUUUUAAGUUUCCCACUUGUGUUAACCUUCACAUGCGGAUCCACACUGGAGAAAAACCCUACAAAUGUAAACAGUGUGGGAAAUCCUUCAGUUACUCCAAUUCAUUUCAGUUACAUGAACGAACUCACACUGGAGAGAAACCCUAUGAAUGUAAAGAGUGUGGGAAAGCCUUCAGUUCUUCCAGUUCCUUUCGAAAUCAUGAAAGAAGACAUGCAGAUGAGAGACUGUCAGUGUAAGGAAUGUGGGAAAACCUAAAGGUGUCCGCGUUCUCUCUGAAGACAUGAAAACACUGGGGAGAAACCCUAUGAAUGUAAAAAUGUGGAAAUAACUUUGUAUCUCAGGUCCUAAUGAACGCGUGUGAAUUCACAGUGGAGAAGACCCUGCAUCAGGGAAUGUGGAAAUGACUUCACGGAAUUGUCAAGCCUUACCAAACACGUCCGAAAUCUCACUAAAGAGAAACCCUGUGAAAUGAACCAAUUGAAAAUGUAGAGAAUCUGGGAAUACCUUUCUGAAUCCCACAGACCUUAAUGUGCAUAUGUGAACUCACAUUGGAGAGAAACCCUGCAGUUUAAAUGGCAUGGUCUGGAUGAUGCCCCACUCCUUAUUUGUAAGCCCUAAGUCCUAGUUCCUUACACUAUAACUGUAUUUGGACAUAAGGUUUUCAAACAGGUGAGUAACUUCAAAUGAGGCUGUUAGGUUCGAUCCUUAAUCUAACAUCACUGGUGUCCCUAUAAGGGAAAGUGAAGGAAGGAUACACAUGGAGAAGACUGUGAAUCCACCAGAAGAUGGCCAUCUGCAAGCCAAGGACAGAGACCUGGAACAGAUGCUUUCAUUAUGGCCUCCAGAGGAAACCAACCCUGUCUCCACCUUGAUAUUGGACUUCCAGGCUCCAGAACUGUGAGGCAAUAAAUUUCUCUUGGUUAAAUC